AUGUCGUCCCAGCAGUACCGCCCCGAUCUCCUUGCUCCUUACCUCGCCCUCCCACAGGGCGAAAAGGUCCAGGCUGAGUACGUCUGGAUUGACGGCGAUGGUGGUCUGCGCUCGAAGACGACGACUGUCACCAAGAAGGUGACCGACAUCGGCUCCCUGCGGGUCUGGGACUUCGACGGCUCUUCCACGAAUCAGGCGCCUGGUAGCGACUCCGAUGUCUACCUCCGCCCUGCUGCCAUCUUCAAGGACCCUUUCCGUGGCGGCGACAACAUCCUCGUUCUCGCGGAGUGCUACAACAGCGACGGUACCCCCAACCGUACAAACUACCGCCACCAUGCCGCCAAGGUCAUGGAACUCGCCAAGGACCAGAUUACUUGGUUCGGUAUCGAGCAGGAGUACACCCUUUUCGACACGGACGGCACCCCUUACGGUUGGCCCAAGGGCGGAUUCCCUGGUCCCCAGGGUCCGUACUACUGCGGUGCUGGUGCCGGAAAGGUCUUCGCCCGUGACCUGAUUGAGGCCCACUACCGCGCCUGCUUGUACGCUGGUGUGAACAUCUCCGGCAUCAACGCCGAGGUCAUGCCCUCCCAGUGGGAGUUCCAGGUCGGCCCUUGCGAGGGCAUCUCCAUGGGCGACCACCUCUGGAUGGCCCGCUACCUACUCGUCCGCAUCGCCGAGCAGUGGGGCAUCAAGGUCUCCUUCCACCCCAAGCCCCUCCAGGGCGACUGGAACGGUGCCGGCUGCCACACCAACUACUCCACCAAGGCGAUGCGCGAGCCCGGAGGCAUGAAGCACAUCGAGGAGGCCAUCGCCAAGCUCGCCAAGAGGCACAACGAGCACAUCGCCGUCUACGGCGAGGACAACGACCUCCGUCUCACCGGUCGUCACGAGACCGGCCACAUCGGCACCUUCUCGUCUGGUGUCGCGAACCGUGGGGCUUCAAUCCGUAUCCCCCGUCAUGUCGGUGCCCAGGGCUACGGAUACCUGGAGGACCGUCGUCCCGCCUCCAACAUUGACCCUUACCGCGUGACGAGCAUCAUCGUCGAGACUACGUGCCUUGACGCGUGA